AUGUUCCAAGCUCGUAGAAUUUUCGUGACCCACAGAAGAUUCGCCGUGAUUCACGGCACAUCGUUUUUAAAUCCAUAUAGCAGUCAGAGAUUACUUCAUAUUUCACUUAGCCGCAAUCAGAAAAAUAACCAAGUGCAUCUAUCCCCGAAUGAUGUUUUUCACAGCACAUCCUCAACCCGUGAAAAGCCAUUGUCCGAGGGAUAUAUAGUUGACAAGACCAAAGGGAAGGAUACAGUAAAGCCAGGUGUUAUGGAUGUUCAGUCUGAGGCCGCGGCGAGCGGAAUUAGAGAUCAUCAACGUUCUUUGGAGAGUAAAGGCCAAGGAAAGAAUGCAAAGGGUGACGAGGGUCCGGAUAAGAUGAAAAAUCUGAAAGGAGAGGGACAAGAAGUGAUGAAUGACCUGCAAAAAAAAAGCCAAGAGUUCACCGAGUCUUCUCACGAAAAGGGUCAAGACGUGAUGGGUAACUUGAAAGAAAAGGGGCAGAAUUUAAAAGAAGACGUAAAAAAGAAAAGUCAAGAGUUCUCCGAGUCUUCACGUGAGAAAAGUCAAGAUACAAUGGAGAAUUUAAAAGAAAAGGGGCAGAAUUUAAAAGAAAACGUAAAAAAUAAAAGUCAAGAUUUCGCCGAGUCUUCACGUGAGAAAAGUCAAGAUGCAAUGGAGAAUUUAAAAGAAAAGGGGCAGAAUUUAAAAGAAACCGUAAAAAAUAAAAGUCAAGAUUUCGUCGAGUCUUCACGUGAGAAAAGUCAAGAUGCAAUGGAAAAUUUGAAAGAAAAGGGCAAAGAUACAAUGGAGAACAUACGAGAGAAGGGUCAGAAAAUUGCAGAGUCUUCACGAAGUAAGGGACAGGAAUUCGCCGAGUCUUCACGUGAAAAGGGUCAAGGGUUGAAGGAAAGCUUAAAAGAAACCGGACAAGAUACAGCGGAAAAUUUACGAGACAUAGGUCAGAGCUCGCGUGAAGAGAGCAAAGGCAUGAUAGAAAAUUUGAAAGGAAAAAGUCAAGAAAUAAUGGAAAAUGUGCGUGAUAUGGGCCACGAUACGAUUGAGAAGGUUAAAGAAAAAAGUCAGGAUAUGUUGGGAAAAAUGCGUGAAAAAGGUCACCAGACGUUAGAAAAUGUGAAAGGAAAAAGCAAAGAAAUGAUGGAGGAUUUGCAGGGGAAAAAUAUUGACAAAGAACAAACUGAAAAUAUUAAAGAACACGACAGCGAAAAAUAUCGAAAAAACGUUAAGGAGGAUUCAAACGCUAAAAUUGGUUUUAACGAACAAAUUGGUGGUUGGGACGCAACUCACAAUCGUCGAGACACCAAAAUUUCCAGUGAGGACAACAACUUGGAAAAACUGCGUGCAUCAAUUACAGAAACCAAAAGAGAACAAUCCGAAAGAAAUGCUUGA